GACCUCGCUCGUGGCUGUAAGCCUCCUGGCCCUCACAGCAGUAGCUGUGGCCGCCGCCAUCUUUGCCUCUGGGCCCAAGGCCAGCGUCCGCAAGUCCAGCGGCUCCGUGGUCCAGCUGUCCGCUGAUUCUGUCUGGGCCAAUGUGUUGUCUCCGAAUGCAAUGAAGCAGUAUGAGCAAGAGAAGGAGAUGGCAAAAGAAGUCGACCAGGGAGCGUCUGAAGCGGCCGAAGCUGCCAAGAAGAAGGUUGAGAAUGCCAUCAACGACAUGAGCUCUGCUGCAAACAAGGUGGUCAGCGAUGCGCAGAACGCCAUGAAACAGAAAUCUGAUGAGGUAGCAAGUGCUGCGAAUAAAGCGGCCCAAGACUUUCAGAAGGCCGCCAGCUCUGCUUCCCAGACUGUGAAGAGGUCCCAGACGCAGGCGGAGGCGGAUGCUGCAGCGGCAGCUAAGUCGCUCAUGAAGAACCUCAUGGGCGGCGACGAUUCGUCCAAGGCCAAGGACUCCUUCUCCAACAGCGAUGCGGGAAAGGCGAUGAGCAAUGGCGCGGCUCAGCUGACCAACAUGUUCAACCAGGCCCAAGCUCCCGCCCCCGCUGCCCCUGCACCAGCCCUGACCUUCGGGGCUGUGAAGAUCCCUCCGCCUCCCAAGCUGCCUACGAUUGCUGUGCCAAAGAUCCCGGCGCCUGCGGCCGUGCCACCAGUGGCCCCUGCUGCCGUGCCACCGGUGGAGUUGAAGGUUUUAGUGUUUGAGAUUGUAACCGUUUGGGCUUGA